AUGCCCGGGAGAGAGAGAGAAUACUGCCUGGUGCUGGGUCGACUAACUGUACCAACAAGCCACAGAGGAGCACCACGAGACAAGCCACAGAGGAGCACCACGAGACAAGCCACAGAGGAGCACCACGAGACAAGCCACAGAGGAGCACCACGAGACAAGCCACAGAAGAGCACCACGAGACAAGCCACAGAGGAGCACCACGAGACAAGCCACAGAGGAGCACCACGAGACAAGCCACAGAAGAGCACCACGAGACAAGCCACAGAAGAGCACCACGAGACAAGCCACAGAGGAGCACCACGAGACAAGCCACAGAGGAGCACCACGAGACAAGCCACAGAAGAGCACCACGAGACAAGCCACAGAGGAGCACCACGAGACAAGCCACAGAGGAGCACCACGAGACAAGCCACAGAGGAGCACCACGAGACAAGCCACAGAGGAGCACCACGAGACAAGCCACAGAGGAGCACCACGAGACAAGCCACAGAGGAGCACCACGAGACAAGCCACAGAAGAGCACCACGAGACAAGCCACAGAGGAGCACCACGAGACAAGCCACAGAGGAGCACCACGAGACAAGCCACAGAGGAGCACCACGAGACAAGCCACAGAGGAGCACCACGAGACAAGCCACAGAAGAGCACCACGAGACAAGCCACAGAGGAGCACCACGAGACAAGCCACAGAGGAGCACCACGAGACAAGCCACAGAGGAGCACCACGAGACAAGCCACAGAGGAGCACCACGAGACAAGCCACAGAGGAGCACCACGAGACAAGCCACAGAAGAGCACCACGAGACAAGCCACAGAGGAGCACCACGAGACAAGCCACAGAGGAGCACCACGAGACAAGCCACAGAGGAGCACCACGAGACAAGCCACAGAGGAGCACCACGAGACAAGCCACAGAGGAGCACCACGAGACAAGCCACAGAAGAGCACCACGAGACAAGCCACAGAGGAGCACCACGAGACAAGCCACAGAGGAGCACCACGAGACAAGCCACAGAGGAGCACCACGAGACAAGCCACAGAGGAGCACCACGAGACAAGCCACAGAGGAGCACCACGAGACAAGCCACAGAAGAGCACCACGAGACAAGCCACAGAAGAGCACCACGAGACAAGCCACAGAGGAGCACCACGAGACAAGCCACAGAGGAGCACCACGAGACAAGCCACAGAGGAGCACCACGAGACAAGCCACAGAGGAGCACCACGAGACAAGCCACAGAAGAGCACCACGAGACAAGCCACAGAGGAGCACCACGAGACAAGCCACAGAAGAGCACCACGAGACAAGCCACAGAAGAGCACCACGAGACAAGCCACAGAGGAGCACCACGAGACAAGCCACAGAGGAGCACCACGAGACAAGCCACAGAGGAGCACCACGAGACAAGCCACAGAGGAGCACCACGAGACAAGCCACAGAGGAGCACCACGAGACAAGCCACAGAAGAGCACCACGAGACAAGCCACAGAAGAGCACCACGAGACAAGCCACAGAGGAGCACCACGAGACAAGCCACAGAGGAGCACCACGAGACAAGCCACAGAGGAGCACCACGAGACAAGCCACAGAGGAGCACCACGAGACAAGCCACAGAGGAGCACCACGAGACAAGCCACAGAAGAGCACCACGAGACAAGCCACAGAAGAGCACCACGAGACAAGCCACAGAGGAGCACCACGAGACAAGCCACAGAGGAGCACCACGAGACAAGCCACUGAGGAGCACCACGAGACAAGCCACAGAGGAGCACCACGAGACAAGCCACAGAGGAGCACCACGAGACAAGCCACAGAAGAGCACCACGAGACAAGCCACAGAGGAGCACCACGAGACAAGCCACAGAGGAGCACCACGAGACAAGCCACAGAGGAGCACCACGAGACAAGUCACAGAGGAGCACCACGAGACAAGCCACAGAGGAGCACCACGAGACAAGCAGCAGGGCGAAGCAAGGUCCUCCAGGAUGUGA